AUGUUGCAGUACUACACCAGUAUCGUCUCUAAUAAAUUACUGAUCAAAGCUGGCCAACUCCUGAACACGAGCAGUUCAUAUGAAGAGUUAUUUGAGGCUUCACAUAUGACCUUUACGGAAUGGCCUUCCGCAUUUGGUUUCCCACUGUCGUCCAUAAACAGUUUUAUUCAGAUUGGGGAACACUGCCAGGAAGCGCAAGAACUUCCCUUUCAUUUGCGGAAAUUUGUGGAUGAUCCGAAAUCCAAGGGCACAAUCUACAUCGCUUUCGGCUCAGUUGUAAAUUGGGUAGUUGCGCCCAACGAUGUGAUAGCAACAUUCUUUACCGUUCUCAACAACCUUACCGACUAUAGAGUCAUAUUCAGCUAUACUGGACCAAACUUAGACUUUUAUAAUCUAGCCAUGUCAAAAAGUGGUGGUUCAGUGGUUGGGGUGGCGUCCACUGAGCAACUGACCAUGGUUCGACCGCUCAAUGGUAAGCUCUUUUGCCAAUAUGUAGGAGUUACAUGAAG